AUGGCAACCAUAGGUGGCACGGCACUGCGCCAUGCGGGAUAUAAGCUGGAUAUAAUAGUACACGUAUGGUUGGCAGUAGGCAAUGAGGCCUUCGCCUCAUACAUGGCCAAGCAAGGCUGUAUCUGGUGCGUCACGCAUACAAACGACCCGUUUCCCAAGGUGCCGGGGCCGGUCCUGGGAUACAAACAGUCCAGCCCGGAGUAUUGGAUCACUAGCUGGAACAACAAGACAGUGACCGAGGCCGAUAUCAAGGUAAUCUAUGGGGUAGCUCCAAGGACGGCAAUGCAGGGACCUCGAAAUCGGAUGGCACGGCGCAUCAAUGGUAUCUAG